AUGACCUGCCUAUCGACCAUGACGGCGGCUGCGCCAGUGAAGCCCGUGCGACGCAUCGAUUCCAACAGCACGGUGUACUCGGAGCACAGCGACAUCACCACCGAGAGCAACUGCUCUUCCCGGCUGCCCUCGCCGCGCCAGACAGGUGACCGGGAGCAGUGCAACGUGAUCGUGAAGGCCACGUUCCUCGACGUGGACGAGGGCCAGAGCCUGUUGCAGUGCUUCGCGCAGCUGCGUGGCCGGAUCAUUUCAGACUCGGCUUUGGUGAUGGGCUUUGGCGGCUUUGACAUCGAGGCCUACGAGCCUGGGAAGUUCAGCGACGAGCAUGCCAAGUCUGCGGAAAGCACGUGCGCCGGGCCGAAUUUGCCGGAAGUGCGUGAAGAGCCCAAAGACACGCAGGCUUCCCUGCAGCCGAAGUCGCAGGCAUCGCAGGCAUCGCAGGCGGCAGGGAAGAAGAAGAGUCAGUCAAAGCAGACCGCGGAUCGCACCACUGUGAUGCUGCGGAAUGUCCCCAACAAUUACACCAGAGAGAUGUUCUUGACCCUCCUGGACGACCACGGCUUUGCUGGGCGCUACGACUUCGUGUACCUGCCCUGUGACUUCAAGCGGCAGGCGAACCUGGGUUACGCCUUCGUGAACCUCGUGGACGCUUCGGCCGUCGAUGCUGCAUGGGCCACCUUUGAUGGUUUCGAGGCCUGGGCUCUUCCGAGCCAGAAGGUCUGCCAGGUCAAGUGGAGUGGCCCGCACCAGGGGCUCGAGGCCCACGUGGAGCGCUACAAGAACAGUCCGGUGAUGCACAAGAGCGUUCCGGACGAGUACAAGCCGGUGAUCUUCGCGGAUGGCGUGCGAAGGAGCUUUCCGCGACCCACCAAGAAGGUAAAAGCCCCAAACAUGUGA